GAUGCCAAUCCUUGGGGGUGCCAGUGCUAGGUGGGUGGGAUGGUGGUUGGGUGGAGGAUGUCAAAGCAGAGAGCGAAGCACAGGGCUGAGACGGAGCAGAGCAGCAGCAGGCGAGUUGUAAUUAGUAGUCAGGUAGGUAGUACUGUAAGGUAGUGAGUGUGGUAGUGAGAGAAUGGACGUCGGGAGACUGGUGGCGAGUUGGUUCGAGGUUUCACUAGCUUGGACUAGCAUUGGCCCUUGUUCGCAAUGCGCCCAAAAAAGUUGCAUGUAUUACGCUGACCAGAGUGACUUGCGCGCCCGGUGCAUGCGGUGCUUGGAUGCGCCUGAUAGUAGGUACAAAUGGACCUUAUCUGGGUACCUUGCUCUGUGGAUUGUACGGAUCGUUGAGUCUGAUUAGCGGCGACGUCGGGGCUAUUUUUUUCUCCCUCUACGGAGUACACAGUAAUAGGUCCAUCUCUCUCAUAGGUAUCCGUACGCAGGUAUCGCCGCGCCGGGUUCCCAGGCCCAGGAAUGAUGCGCUUUUAUCAAUCUCGCUUGUGAAAAGGCGCGGGCCUCUGGCCUUUCGACCGUCUCCCGGCUUUUGCCACAGAUCGAACCACAACUGUUCACUUGGCUCCCCCGGCCUUUCGACAUGGUCAACCGAACCUGAAGUCUAUUAUGGAAAUAGUCGAAUCCCACGGCCGCGGUAUCCGGAUAGUGAAUCGUCGACAACACGUCAACGCGUACUCUCUUCGAGCAACUCUACUUGGUGAGCCUGCUUUUCAAUCACUUUCAUCACGGACGGACUUGUAUCG